AAAAAAACAAAAUCUAUUGAUAUUAGCUAUUUGGGGAUUGUAAUGGAAGAUCUUAUAUUCAUUCAACACGAAAUAAGCUCAGUCUAGUCCUAAUAACUCGCCAAUUGAUAAGUUGGAAUUCAGUUGGAGGAGAGGCUGCAGAUUCCCUAUCUGAUCAUCGGUGCGGUAAAUUCCUUUGGGGGACGUCGACUGAUGGGGUGCUUUGGACACUGGAUCUCCGCUUUAUCCACAUUGGCACUCACUCUGUCAGUUUGUCUGAUGAGGUACGCAUUAAGUCUGUGCCAGGAGUCCUCUUCAGGGGCGUGUCUUAUCCCUGUCACUCGUAUCCAUCACUACAUUAGUGACGUACAUCCCUUGGGUGGUUUCUUCACAGCAUACAACCAAACGGCGCUGGUAGACAUCUGUAGGUUAGUCGGCGAGUAUCAUAAUUGUGCCCAAAUAAUCACCAAAGGCUGUGACAGAAUUGCCACCCAAAAUAUCAACCUGUUACACGGUGCCUUCCUCCCGAUCUGCGGAGCCUACAAACAAGAUUACCUAGCCCACCGAAACUGUUAUAAUCGCCAGAUGUUGAUGUACAAAUCAUGCCAUCAGAAAAGACAAAACAGAAUUAACCAGAUACGGAGAAAGGACCACUAUCAUUUACAGAUAUGCGAAGUUACAAACGAAUAUGUGAAGUGUGUCUACCUUGUGACAGCUUUACAGUGUUCUAUGGAGGCUGCAAAUUCUUACUUUAAUAUUCUCAACCAAUCAAUAUCCUUGUCAUUCAGUGACGCAGACUUCUCCUGUCAUAUACGUCAUCCCGAUGACGACAUAUCCGUUUUAACGACAACGAAAGUCACAUCCACGGUAGGAACACCGCUAGGUUUCACAACGAGUGUCGGAGGUACGAAAGGAAAGCGCUCUGUGAGUGCAGCAACUGGAGGACGAUCAUCUAAUUCGGGGUGCUUCUGUCUUUUUCUUGUGCUUCACUGUAUUGUUUUUGCAAUAAUUUUAUAGCUAAGAUUUAUAGCGUAUAAAACUUUUUCUUUUCUUCAUAGUCUAUUUUAUGGCAAACAUACAUUGCAUUAAAAGAUUACAAUUACGAUAGUAUCUAUUUCAUAGCAUAAGAUAUUGGAUAACAAUUGAAAAAUGUUUAAUAUUGAUUUGUACACAUCACUGCCAUGAAUCUUACAUUAGCAAUUUCUGCAAAGUUUGGUUGCAAGAGAAAUAACUCCU